GAGCCCGUCACUCAGCGGGAGUUCACUUCCUUCCUAUAGAAGAAAAAGAUACUUAUAUAUAUAUAUAUAUAUAUACGCACAUACAUAUAUCCAUACACAUAGAGAGAGAUUAUGUCAGGAACAGCACCGGCGACAUACUCGCCGUCGCCGACGAUGCAGAACAAAAAAAGAGCACCCAUUUUCACAGAUGUCGAUUGGGUGCGCCCAGAUGGCCGUGGGUUUCGCCAGUGCCGGGGUGCCUUUUUAAGGACUGGUGCAGCGAAUGCCGCAUCAGGAUCUGCUUAUGCUGAGUUUGGAAAUACCAAGGUCAUUGUAUCCGUAUUUGGGCCUAGAGAAAGUAAGAAAGCAAUGAUGUACAGCGAUAUAGGGCGAUUGAAUUGUAAUGUCAGUUAUACAACUUUUUCCACCCCAAUUCGUGGACAGGGAUCAGACAACAAAGAGUUUUCCUCAAUGCUACAUAAAGCUUUGGAGGGUGCCAUUAUACUGGAUAGUUUCCCCAAGACAACCGUAGAUGUCUUUGCGUUAGUGUUGGAAUCCGGUGGCAGUGAUCUUCCUGUGGUCGUAUCAUGUGCUAGUCUUGCUCUAGCAGAUGCAGGGAUUAUGAUGUAUGAUGUGGUUGCCUCUGUUUCCGUGUCUUGUCUGGGGAAGAACCUUGUGAUUGAUCCUAUUACGGAAGAAGAAAGCUACCAGGAUGGAAGCAUGAUGAUUACUUGUAUGCCUUCUCGUAAUGAGGUCACUCAGCUGACUGUCACCGGAGAAUGGUCAACCCCAAAGAUUCAUGAGGCAAUGGAGCUAUGCCUUGAUGCUUGCUCUAAGCUUGGGGAUAUCAUGAGGUCGUGUUUGAAAGAAGCUGCUUCUGCCUCACAGGAAUAAGAAGAAAUUAGCUUUUUAAUUUUCUCUUGAUAGUGGAUUUUGGUGAUGGUAAUUUAUUGUCGCUUCCUUCUCUUUUGCUUUAAAUUGCAAUUUUGUAUUUAAGCACUCCAUAGAUGUUUCAUAAAAUGAAUGAUUAGAAUGGAGCUCUUCGUCUAAUUCAUUCCUGCAUCGAGAACCAGUUGUUCAUUCACAUGGCAUUUGCUCAGAGAAGAAGGUGCAA